AAGAGUCUUUCUGUGCCCCGGCGGCAGCGGUGGGCACGAUGGUGCCGAGCGGGGUGGCCCUGACCGUGGCCGUGGCCGUAGCCCUGGCGCUGCCCUCCGUGGCCCUGGAGAACGGGCUGGCGCGCACUCCCCCCAUGGGCUGGCUGGCCUGGGAGAGGUUCCGCUGCAACGUGGACUGCCGGGCGGAUCCCCACAACUGCAUCAGCGAGAGGCUCUUCUUUGAGAUGGCAGACCGGCUGGCAGAGGAUGGAUGGAGGGUGCUGGGAUACCAGUACAUCAACAUUGACGACUGCUGGUCUGCCAAGCAGCGGGAUGCGGCAGGACGGCUGGUUCCCGAUCCUGAGAGAUUUCCUAGUGGAAUUAGGGCUCUGGCUGACUAUGUCCAUGCCAGGGGCCUAAAGCUGGGCAUUUACGGCGACCUGGGCAGCCUCACCUGUGGGGGCUACCCGGGCACCACACUGGACGAUGUGAAGCAGGAUGCCCAGACCUUUGCAGAGUGGGGUGUGGAUAUGCUAAAGCUGGAUGGGUGCUACUCAUCAGAACACGAGCAAGCAAAGGGCUACCCAGAAAUGGCGAGGGCUUUGAACGCCACAGGCCGCCCCAUCGUCUAUUCCUGCAGCUGGCCAGCAUACCAGGGAGGGCUCCCCCCCAAGGUGAACUACACCAUCCUGGCAGAGGUCUGCAACUUGUGGCGUAACUAUGAUGACAUCCAGGACUCCUGGGACAGUGUACUUUCUAUCCUGGACUGGUUCUUCACAAACCAGGACGUGCUGCAGCCAGCAGCUGGCCCCGGUCACUGGAAUGACCCGGACAUGCUCAUCAUUGGAAAUUUUGGCCUUAGCUAUGAGCAGUCACGUUCUCAAAUGGCCUUGUGGACAGUGAUGGCAGCUCCUCUCCUCAUGUCCACGGAUCUCCGCACCAUCUCCCCAAGUGCUAAGGAGAUCCUGCAGAACCGCCUGAUGAUCCAGAUCAACCAGGACCCCCUGGGAAUUCAGGGGCGCAGGAUUGUCAAGGAGAAAACCCUCAUCGAGGUGUUUCUGCGCCCACUGUCCCAGGCUGCCAGCACCCUCGUCUUCUUCAGCCGAAGGACAGAUAUGCCCUUCCUCUACACCACCAGCCUUGCCAAGCUCCACUUCCCUGAGGAUGCUGUGUAUGAGGUACAAGACGUGUACAGCGGGAAGAUCAUCAGUGGCUUAAAGACAGGAGACAACUUCUCAGUUGUUAUUAACCCCUCAGGGGUGGUGAUGUGGUAUCUCCGUCCCACGGCACUCCCGGUGCAACCCUGGCAUGUGGUCAGAGAGCAAGCCCAUGGCGAGGGUCUCCGCCCCAUCCUCCUGUGAUGAGGUGCAGUGGGUGGGGUGUGGGCCAGUGCCGGGGUGAGCUGGGAGACCCCGGGACACGUGGCUCUUCACUGAACAAGUGCCUUUUGCUGGUGUGCCCAGCACUGCUGACACCAUUCCUUAAUACCAGCUUGAUGAUGUCUGCUCAGUCUGUGUAAGUCAGGAAUUCUUGUUACCCGCCUCCUAGGGGUGUGCAGAGCAUAAUUCCUCAGUGACUGCAAAGCCCUUUGAGAUCCUCCUGUGGAAGAUGCCAUAUAAGCAGAGUCCAGCCACUGUUGGAGUUUGUCAGCUCUGACACCUGAGAACUUCCCUGCUUUGAGCUGGGUAUCACUUGCCAUUGCAGGGGCUGUUUGAACUGUACCUGUAGAAGGGCUUUGGAUGCUUUACUAUCUCCUAGGGUUGCAACACCCCCUUCUCCCUUCACCCCUCUCCUCCCCAGGCCCAAAUGUGCAAUGGCGUUAAUCUCAAGGAUCAAACCUGGUCGCCUUUCUUUUGCUAUAAUCAGCUUGGCUUAGAGUAAGGAGUUGUGGCUGCAUCCCUCCCAUCUACCCCCACCACUACCAAGAACUUCUGGAGGCCAAGAUGGUUGCUCUGCAGAGAGGUUUACUUGCAGGCCUGAUCCUGCUGCCAGGAUCCUAGAGGCCAGCACUACUGCAGCCUAGCAUCCAUGCUAGCAUUGUAUUAAAGCCUCUCUGGCAGCAGUUUACAGCAGAGAAGAGCAAAAACUUCCAUGCAUGAUCCCAGCAGCCAUGCUGUGGUACAGCACCAAAAACUGAAGAGCCAUAGCAUGUUGUGUAGAAGUGGUGUUGGGAAGAUGCCAGUACUCAAGUUGAGGUGGUCACCAGUGCCUCCAAGCUGCAAGUUGCAUCCUUUUCUUUCUAGAAGGACAUUCCUGCUAGGAGGCAGCUCAGGUCCUCCAGUAGGUUUAACACUCAGAGUUUCUCAGGGAAAGGCUCCUCCUUCUCCCAAGGGCAGCUACAUCCACAGCUCCAUCCUGAGGAGGAGCCUGCACUAAUAAACUGGAAGUGAGUGGUGGGACAGACUCCAAAGCCCUCAAAACUGCUUCACCUUCAUACAGCACACAUCCUAUGGAAGAGUUUAGGUAUGACAUGGCCUACCCCAUCUCCCACAGAGAGGGGUGCAGCAUUCAUGAAGAUUGCAGCCCAGGGCACUGACACAAGAUUAAGCCUCAGACUGGGGAAAUACCACAUUUUAGAUUAGGCAAAAAAAGUUCUGGUUUUGUUCAUCUCUCCGGAGGGUUCCUCAUCAUCUGCCCACUCUGGUUCCUGCAGGACCAAAUGGCUGAUUCCGGCCACCUCCAGAAACUUUCUCUGAGUGCAGCAUCAAGAUACUGAACACAGUGACUGCAGUGCUAUUAAGGAAGGACUUGCUAACAAACAAGGAGCUGGCUUUGUUCAUGGGAAGUGAUUGAGGCAAAUAAAUUGAAAUAAAAGGGAAGCAGAUCACA